AUGGCCCCUGGGCUCACCCAGGACAAAUACCGCGGCGCAGUCGUGGAGGAUCUGCAACUGCCUCCCGCAUUUGCAUUGCCAUACGACGAGGCCAUCUCUCGCGCUCUCGAACUUGCAUACGAGCGGGACUUCUCACAUAUCCCGGUGCUAGACAGCAACAGGAAGCCAUUGGGAUACAUUGACGUGGCCGCCUUGAAGGAUAAAUGGCAAACGGGUGGUGCCGAUCCGAGCGAUAAAGUUAUCGCACAUAUGACGAAGUUUAAACGCACUCGCUCGCACCCUUAUACCGUCAUCACGCCAGAUACACCGCUUUCGGAACUAGAGACCUUCUUGCAAAAUAACUUAUUCGCUCUAGUCACUGACUACGACCGCAAAUUUGUUCUUGGCUUGGCUACCGCCGCUGAUCUGGAGAACUUCGUCACCAGACGCGGAAGCGGCUACUAA